CACCAUUCAAUCUCAGCACAGCCCAGGCCGCCAAGCAUCAAUCAAAGUACUGGUACCUGGGCACUGAACGUCAUCUGCGCAGGCAAAGAGGUCAUGCAAGUGUAUCGAGUCAGCUCCAGGGCAGCUUUCGACUGCCUAAUUGGCCUCUCGAUAAUCCUUGCUAAA